AGCACUUCCGGUGGCGUUUCCUGUCAGUGUUUGUAAACUGAGAAAAAAUUGGAAGUGCGACAAGAAAUAAUAACCUACAAAACUCUAAAAAUCGAACGGCUUGGCCCCUGAUGAUUUGGGUGGGUGUGGUCUCUUCUGUUACCCCUCAUCCUAAGUGAAGCCCCCUCUGUUCCCCCCAAACACACACGCAUUCAAACCACGGCGAUGACACACCAUUCCAACAACUCUGUUCGAGACCAUAUGAAAUGGGCUGGGUUGCUGGGCUGCGAGGCGGUGCUGUCCAGCAUGGCCCUGAUGCAAGCCAACAACAUCCCAGGCCAGAAGAGGAUGAUGUCCCCCUUGGGUCAAGGGCACAGGGCUAGUCCUGAGAGCCACCAAACCCACUCGCAGCACAGCCACAACCACCAUGGACACCAGGCUCACCAUGGACAACCCCACAAUAGCCACAUGGGCCAUCCUUCAGCCGGGAGCUGUCCACCCCUACUGAUUCGAAAAGACGGGGAUUAUCACUCAUCAAGAAUGAUGGAUGGAAAGGACAUGCAGGCAAACCAGAAUAUGCAACCCAAGAAGAAGCACAAAAAAUCAGGGUCAUCCAGCAAAGUUAAAGUGGAGCAUUCAGUUCCACCAAUGGAUAUGGACGACGAUGACAGUUCCUUGAAAGUCCAGAAGAACUUCAUCUGUGACCACUGCUAUGGAGCUUUCCGGAGUAGCUACCACCUCAAGCGUCACAUACUUACACAUACAGGAGAGAAGCCAUUUGCUUGCGACGCGUGUGAUAUGCGGUUCAUUCAGCGUUACCACCUGGACAGACACAAGAGGGUGCACAGCGGAGAGAAGCCGUACCAGUGUGAUCGCUGCCAUCAGAACUUCUCACGGACAGACAGGCUACUGAGACACCGACGGCUAUGUACAGUUGGGAUGAGCAAGGAGGAGAACCAGUACUCACAGGACACAUCUGCCCAUCCAGCUUCCUGGAGCCCCCUACAGCCUUCCAACAACCGUCUGACUGUCUGACCCACUGUUUUCCAGAGACCCUACAGACAGCAGCUCAGAAACGUCUCGCGUUGGAGCUCAACAGUACUGUUACUGUGUACAGAAAAACAGCCUAGUUUAAACACAACCAAACUUUACUUUUCUCUGGCCAGCUCUUUCACAGAGCUUGAUAGUGGAUUUUGUAGUUUUUUUAAUCUACUGUUCCAUUCACUAUACAGACAAAAUUGGAAGGACUAAUUCACAGUUUUGGACAACAGGUCUUGCUAUUAUGGCAAUAACUGAAUGAAAACGCAAGUCUCUUUUUAUCUGACAGGUUGUUUUUUUUUUUUUUUAGUAUUGCUGCCAGGGGAUUGCAAGUAUUUUUGACUGCAUUGACUGUCAAUGUAUCAUGCAGCACCUCUUAGGUAUCCUGUUGAUCUGCAAUCAACCCCAGUGCUGCCCUCUACUACAUAUGGACUGUUCACUAAAGGACACACAUACAGAACUGUGUAGCUUUUUAGUGUUCAGGUUUUUCUCAUUUUGUGUUCCUUGUGCACCUAACGAAGUACUAGCUAUUGCUUCUGAGUGACAGGUCACAGCAGUCUUGUGGUCUGUGCUGCCACCUAUCCAACACUCAAGGUGUUGUGUGCGUAAUUUGAAAUAAAAUUUUAAUGUCAUUUUUGAUAACGCCAAUCUAAACACGAAAGAGGCUUAUUACACAGUAAAUGGCAAACUGUCAGUCUAUUUUCACUUCAUGUGGUAGUUCACCUUUUUUCAAACACACAAUCUAAAUGGAUCUAAAAUAAUUUUUUACUGCUAUUCGUCCAGCUGUAAAACGGAAUGACUGGUGACAGCGAUGUCUACAAACGGGUGGAAAAACACUAAAAGUUAACUAGAUGCUCCUGAAAUAUAACAUUUUCAACUAAUCUUGGUAUUAGUUAAGUUGUGUAGCGACUGUUGGCUCACAUAUUCACUGUUGUACCUUGUUUUAGAGGGGUUUUGUCCUGACUGUUUAAAGGUUACUGUUGAAAUACAGUAGAAGGCUGACAGGUUUUGUAGGAAGAUUUUUUGAUGCUCUUGAACAAAGUUAGUGAGCUUUUUUGUUUAUAUAAUAACUGGAUGUAGGAACCACCUGUCUGUUGCAGUAAUAGGUGCUUCUGUAAUAACCCCCUCAAUAUAAAUGAAUUGUGUCUACUGUCUCUCUGUUCCUAGAAAACUGCUGUCAGUCUUUUUUUCCCUGCUCAGCAUUGAUAGAUUUUUCUGACUUUGAAAAAUGUCCAUCCUUUCGGAAGUAUUUUGGUAAGUGAGGCUGGGUCAGCGUGUAUUCUGAAAUCCUGAGAUACACCUUAACGUUUGUGAGAGUCCAUUAGCACACAAUUGGAUUAAAACUAGUCCUAGACCUGAAGUUAUAUUCACCUGAGGUACUAGGGGAAAUUUGGUGCAGACUAGUCUAAUUCAGUGCCCGGAUGAAUUCAAACAGUUCUCAGGUGAGAAGACUCAUCCACAGAUUGAGAGUUUGCCUCCAUCUUGACCUGACUGAAUGUGAUCUGAAUACAGUGCCAUGUCAUUUCAACUCCAGUUUAACCUUGAGCAUCUACGAUGAAGACGAUGAGCAGUGGACAGGGGAAUAUAAGGUCCACAUAGUUUUUUUUUUUUUUUUUUUUUUUGUACGACGAUAACCUACAUUAUAUUCUGUUAAGGCCUCUGUAUGAUGAAAUCACAGACUGUAAACACUGGACAGAAGAGGUUAGCUCAAUUGUAAUGGAUUGUAUUGUAGACAGGUACUUCUAUUGCUGUCAGACAUUUAGAUUAUGUGAAAGGAGUUUGGGGCCCAUCACUGACUUGUCUACUUUUUACGAAGUUAAUAUAUAUUUAAAUUGUAUUAGGGGUAGAAAAUAGUAUGUACACUUCAAAAGAAAAUCAAAGUAUUUACAAAAUUAUAAUCCUUAGUCUGAUCACUACUUAUUACAGCUGAAAAUAGAAAAAGUCAUCCUUCAACUUGCUAUUAGGAGUAAAAUAAAAGCUGCCACUCUUGCCCUUUUUAGAAUAGCAGCCAUGAUUAGUCAGCAUUUUUUUUUUUUUUCUCUCUUUUGCAUGUAUUUGAUCUUGUAUACAUUUUGUUUUUGGUAAAGAUACAUAUUUUUUUUUCAAUCUGAGCCCCACCUUUUUUGUCUUUUCAGGGGUAAAGUGAAAUUAAUUUUGACUCUGUCAAUCAUACUGUAGUAAACAGUUUUAGGGCCCCAACUGUCUCAAUAAAGCUGUUACACUUUUUAAACAAA